CAAUAGUAUCUGUAACAAAUCAACAGAAUCAAAAUACAAUGUUAUCAUCAUCAUCAUCAUCAUCAUCGGCAAUUAUUAAAACUGAAUCAAUUACAGAAUUUUUAUCAAACAAUAAUAAUAUACAACAACAUCCGCAGCAGCAGCAGCAACAGCAAUCAUCAAUCAUAAAUGAUGGUACUAAUUUAUCACAAUUAAUAGUAUGUCAAUCAACAAAUGUAAAACUGCCUCAACAGCCACAGCAACAACAACCACAGCAAACACAGCAACAGCAAUCAUCAGAUAAUUUUGCAUGGAUUACAAAGGAUAAAAAAAUGACCCGUAAACAACAACAUCAAGGUGAAUCAGGCAGCACACCAAGACGGCUACGUACAGCGUAUACAAAUACACAAUUAUUAGAAUUGGAAAAAGAAUUUCAUUAUAAUAAAUAUCUAUGUCGACCACGAAGGAUUGAGAUUGCCGCAUCAUUAGAUCUGACUGAACGUCAGGUAAAAGUUUGGUUCCAGAAUCGAAGAAUGAAAUAUAAACGACAGAAUAACAAUAGUAAAACGGGUACAGAUGAAAAAAGUUCAUCAAAAACAUCAUCAUGCAAUGAUAUUGGAUCAGAUGAUGACGUUGACGAUGAU